AUCUCACUAUCUACCAAGAUGUUUGUCCAAAUUUUGGCUACAUGGAUGUUAUUCGCAUCGUCGUUGGCGAUGCCACCACCGCUAUCUACGACACCGUUACCAACCACAACACCAUAUGAAAGUACCACGACGGCUUCAUGUAUAUGUGGCGAUGGAACACAGUUGUUUCCAGGACAGAAACAUUACGUAACAGAUUGUGAAAUAUGUGAAUGUCAUGAAGAGUAUGGACCGUCUACACUCAUUAUAGAUUGUUUCUUCUUUGAAUGUGUUGAUUCAGUUAGUACACCUAAUGAUCAAAUAUGUUGCCCAACCUGUCCUAAUGGUCCGAACUGUUUUGUCAACCACCCACACGGGAAUAUGACUAUUAUUCCUGCCGGAGAAACAGUUGACUUUGGUAAUUACCAAUGUGAGUGUGAGCCUCCCGGAUCGUCUAAUUAUAACUAUGGUCAACCGACAGCUGCAUGUAUAUUCAUCCUACCAACAACACCAACACCACCACCAGAGUGUAUCUGUAGUGACGGAAAGAACAUAUCCAUAGGAGACACACAUUAUCCUACCGAUUGUGAAAUAUGUGAAUGUAACGAACACGAUGGUCUGUUAACAUAUCACAUGGACUGUGCAAUGCCCGCUUGUGUUCAACCGUAUUCUGUGGAGGGAGAUGGGAAAUGCUGUCCAUCCUGCCCUGACGGUCCAAACUGUGAGGCUGUAUACGGUCCAGAUCCUGAAGACAGGGAGAUUAUUCCUGCUGGUGAGCUGUUUUACUUUGGUAAUUAUGUCUGCAGCUGUGAAGAUUCCGGUAAUAAUUUCUAUACUGGUGAAUUUCCUAGAGCAGUUUGUACUGAAGAGUCGAUGACACCUUACCCAACGACGACGCCUUACCCAACGACGCCUAAACCGAUAUGUAUUUGCAGUGACGGAGUGGAAAUAUCCCCAGGAGAGACGCAUUAUGUAACAGAUUGUGAAAUAUGUGCAUGCGAUGCACAGUAUGGAGUAUCCACCAUUAUUGGUGAUUGUUUCUUCUUUGAAUGUGUUGAUUCAGUAGACGUACCAAAUGAUGGCAACUGUUGCCCAACCUGUCCUAAUGGUCCUAACUGUGAAGCUGUCCUAAAUGGAGUUACACAUAUUAUUCCUGAUAAUGGUACAAUUAAUAUUGGUGAUAUUCCCUGCUCGUGUCUUCCUAUGGACUAUUCUUCGUUUGGUGGUGCCAGAAAAGCUGACUGUUUGGUGCCUCUAAUUACAGCUCCCCCGAUACCAACAUCACCAACUGGUUAAGAACCAAUAAUAGGCUAGAUAAGUCAUGAGCGGUGGAUAAUUUAAAGAUAGUCUACACCACCGUAUAUAUCAUCAACUAAUAGUAUUAAAUAUACCAACCCUUAUACAUGAUAUACGUAUAUACCAUCAAUAAUAGUAUUAAAUACACUGCUUGCAAUCAGA